CGUCUUUCUGGAGGUUUUCGGUGUGAGGUGUGGGAAGUUUGGGCAUUUUGCUGAUAUUCGUAUUUAGUAUAAGUAUUUGAUCUGUAUACGUAGGUUUUAAGCUGGGAAAAUGCUCUCUUUGGAGCAUAUUUUGAAGUACCUGGACGCCAGUGCGGAACAAGUAUCGGACGGAAGUCGACGUUGCCUCGUUGAGGGGGAGAGCAUUGUGAACAGCAACUUCUUGCUGUGUUGCGGCAUUAAAGCUGAAGACAGGGAGAAACUGAGCAGUAGCAACAACGUGAGCAUCUUUGCCUUGUGUAUGCAGACGUCCAAGAUGAGUGGUCAGCCACACGAGAUUAAUAUUUUACUGAAACAAAGCGGUGAAAUAUCGACGGCAACCUGCUCAUGCAAGGCGGGUCUGUCUGGAACCUGCAAGCACAUUGUUGGAUGUCUUCUGUUCGUGUACAGGACUACCGUGGCGAAGCUGGAGGUGCUUGGCUGCACAGACGUCAAGCUUCGCUGGAAGGAGCUUGGAAUGAAGGGGAAGGCCGCCUACGCCCCUUGCAAGGUGUCUGAGCUUUGCCAUGUUGGAAGGUCAUCUUCUAUUGACCCUGUCAGAGUGAGUGAAGAGCGUUCAGCCGCGUUUUUUGACCUCAUCAAGGCAGCUCCUUCGUGCAGUGUGAGCAGGCAUGUACGCUCACGUCCUGUGAGACAGGGCGAGAAAGAGAUUGUGAAACCAUCAGAGAUUCACACAAUCAUCAGCAACACAAUGUCGUGUGAUCAAUUUGUGACACCUCUAGAGCCACCUCAGCUGGGAGGGGAGAUGCUGCAGGUGUAUGAGAGUAAGGUCGCUGUUGACCAUGAAGCAGCGUGCAGGAUCGCAGGGUUUGCUCAAGGGUCAGAGGAGUGGAUGAAGGCUAGGGACCUCAGAAUCACAGGAUCAAAGUGUUAUGAACUGUACACGCAUGAAGCCAAAGGUGCUAAGGCAGAUUGGGUGGCAAAGCUAGGUGCCAUUGAAAGAGCGAAGGGCUUUGCAGGCAAUGCUGCCACACGCUACGGCCAAAAGUGUGAGGGUGCGGCCAUCCAGAUGUAUGAGGGCAUGUGUGAGGGAGGAGAGUGUAUCGUGAAAUGUGGUUUAUUGAUCCCACCUGCGUGUCCAUGGCUGGGGUUCUCCCCUGAUGCUGUGGUGGUCAGGGAUGGGAAGCCUGUCAGGCUUGUGGAAGUGAAAAGCCCAGUGUGCGGGAAAAAGCUGAGCCCACUGCAGAUGCUGUCACAGAAGUCGCUGGCCUAUGUGGACUUUGAUGGGGAGAACGGUGAGCUCCGAAAGCGGCACCAGUAUUAUGGUCAGGUGCAGCUUGGCAUGGCGAUCCUAGCUGUUGACAAGUGUGACUUUGUCAUCUAUGGCAAAGACGGCAUCGCCAUACUCCCCGUGUACAGGGAUCCUGUGUUUCAGGAGCGUCUCCUGCAGUCACUCCGCAAAGUGUUUUUCACAGUGCUGCUUCCACAGAUGUGCAGGAAAGUGUGAUUGUGAAGUGCAAAGCACCGAGGGAACAUGUGUGCUUGUGUGUGAAGUUCAAGUGUUAUGAGAUGGGAACAUUGCUGGCAUGCACUGAUGUAGUACUAACUCCAACAGCGAUCAUGAUGUGUCACAGGCACAGCUCUGGUUAUAUAUAUGUUUCAACUGUUGUCAUCUUCAGUUUUGUAGCAAUCGUUUUGUGGAUGUCACAAUAAAGCAUGAA